AAAACAGAAAUGAGAGGGAGGGGGAGAGAACAGAGAGACCCUAUUCCCACAGAAAACACGGAGCCAUGAAAUCUCAGUGAACUGAACCAGCAAUUCAUAGACAAUCAAACCAGGGGGCUUAGCUGUUUCCCAGGUGUGGGGAAUGAGAGAAAGAAAGAAAAAGAAAGAGGGAAAGUGAGGCAUUUUCAGCCCUGAAUCCCCAGAAGGAAAAAGGCAUUUGAGCAAAAGGAUUUUUGCUUCUUAAGAAACUUCACUUUUUCUUCUGAAUCUCAAAUUUGAGGCUUUGAAGGUCAGGCAAGAGGGGAGCUUCUGUUCCUUCUGGGGGAGCCCCUGAAUUUGGGGAGGAGACCCCACCCCCCCAAUAAUCCCCCAUUGCUCAAUUGGGGCCUGGAGGGGGAGGGGAACUGAGGGAGGAUAUUAGGGGCUCUGAGUUGCUUCUCUGGAACCGGCUCCCCUUUGUGAAAGGGGCUGGAAACCCUCCCUUUGAAGGGAUCCAUGGACCAUAUAGACCAAAUUUUUAAUCAAGAAACACCCCCACCCACCCACCAGCCAGUCAAUGUUACCAAUGUUACCAAUGUUAAAAUCUGGUCACUUUAGGUGUAACUCUGUCAGAAGCAAUUGGAUAAAGAAGGGUUAUGGAUCGGGGUGGGGGGGGGAAACAACCUCCUCCUUUCUGGGCCCUGAUGGAAAAGGCACCGUUUCCACCCUUUGCAUAAGCCCCUUCCAUGCACACAGGAACCCGACAGGUGUGUCCCACUAAAACGAGAACAGGACGCCGUGCGAUUCCCCAUUCGGCCACCGGAGGGCGGACGCCAGAGGUGAUUUACCAUAGGAGAAUGGGAGGGAAGUGACGUCACUGGAUCUGACGUCUCUAUUUAACCCUUUGAGCUUCGCAGGAGGUUUGAAUGAGUGCCGGAAAGUCUUGAAGGGGGGAGAACUACAGGUGGGCAGAGGGUAAAAUCCACCAUUUUGUGUUUAAUCUCAUAUACAGAAAUUGGAAACCAUUUGCCUCUGGGAGGCAAAAAAAAUUGGGCACCAUUUAUACUGACUCAUUUGGAGGCAAACAAAUGGACCACGAAGGCUGAAAGACUUGCCUGACUAUUGUUACAUGAAUGGUACUAUGAAAACAAAGGUGUUUGGAGAUCCAUAAGAUUCCCUAGACCCAUUUGGCAUUGCACUACAAGACAGCGAAAGAAUGAAAAGCCAAUCUUUAGGAAGUGAGGGAAUUGGAAAAGACCCUCCUGGUGUUCAGCCUGGGAGCGAUGGGGAGAUCUGGGCAAGAACUGGGCAGAAGAUACUGGAGGAGGCAACCAGCCUUUCAGAAGUUCAGCCCUGGAAGUUCAGGGGCUUCCAAUACAAAGAGAAUGAAGGUCCCCGAGGACUAUGCAGCCGACUCCAUUCCUUUUGUAGUCAAUGGUUGAGACCAGAAAAGCACACAAAAGCACAGAUGCUGGACCUGGUUGUUUUGGAACAGUUCUUGGCACUUCUGCCCCUGAACAUUGAGAGCUGGGUACGAGAGUGUGGAGCAGAGACCAGCUCCCAGGCGGUGGCCCUGGUGGAAGGUUAUCUCCUGAGCCAGGUGGUGGAGCAGAAGGAGAGGAUUGACUGGCAGUCCUUCAUGGUGGAGAUCAGAGAUCCUGAGGGAAGGAGGCAUCCUUCAAGUUCAUCUCCGGAAAUCUCUCAGGAGGUUCCAAAUAUGGACACGACCGGAGGGAAGAAUAGAAGGAAGUUGACCCUUCCUGAUGGUGGAACUGAAAGAAUGGUUGAAACUCCAGUUCAAGAGGGCCUUGUCUCCUUCGAAGAGGUGGCUGUGUAUUUCUCUGAGGAGGAGUGGUCUCAGCUGGAUCCUGACCAAAAAGCUCUGCAUUGGGAAGUCAUGAUGGAAAAUUACAGGAAUGUGGCCUCUCUUGGUGAUAAUGAGCAGGACCAUGAAGAGUCAAGGGAAUCAUUCCAAGGGUUCAGGCAUGGAGAUGCAAUGGAGAAGCCUGCAAUUGAAACAGAAUUUCACAGGCAGGAGAGAAACCCCUCAAGUAAUUGGAAUAAUUUAAGCUCAUCUUCCAUUGAGGCUCACAUGCAGGAGCUUCUUGAGGAAGGAAGAAAAAUACAGAAGAAAUAUAUGGGGAAAGGUGUAAAACUAUCCAAAGACACAUUAGAAGUAAAUGAACACUAUCCAUCCACAUCCAAAGGCCAAGAUUAUAUACGCAAACACAAUGGAAAAAAUUACAAUUGGACUAUCCCAUUUUCUCAGGAAAAUGGGUCACUUACAUCACAAAAAAGUCUUCCCAUCGGAGAGAAUCUGGAGAAUGGAAACAGCUUCUGUGAAAGGAAGACUUUGACUGUUCAGGAAAGAAACCACAAGGAGAAGCCAUAUAACUGCAUGGACUGGGGUUCGGGAUUCCAUAAGAUUGCAUCCCUUGUGAGACAUAAGAUAAUUCUCACAUGUGAUAAACAAUAUAAAUGCAUAGAUAGUGGAAAGAGCUUCAACAAAGAGAGUAAUCCUACAUCCCAUAAAAGGAUUCAUAUGGGGGAGAAGCCAUUUAAAUGCAUGGAGUGUGGAAAGGGUUUCAGUACAAGCAGUGCCCUUACCGUCCAUAAGAGGAUCCACACAGGGGAAAGGCCAUUCAAAUGCCUGGAGUGUGGAAAGUCUUUUUGUCAGAGACAUCAUCUUACUUCCCAUCAAAGGAGCCACACACGGGAGAAGGCAUUUAAAUGCAUGGAAUGUGGAAAGGACUUCAGUACAAGCAGUGCCCUUACCGUCCAUAAGAGGAUCCACACAGGGGAAAGGCCAUUUAAAUGCCUGGAGUGUGGAAAGAGCUUCAUCCAGCCUAGUGGCCUCAUUAAUCAUAAAAGGAUCCACACAGGGGAGAAGCCAUUUAAAUGCAUGGAGUGUGGAAAGUCUUUUUGUCAGAGCCAUCAUCUAACUUCCCAUCAAAGGAUCCACACACGGGAGAAGUCGUUUAAAUGCAUGGAGUGUGGAGAGUCUUUUUGUCAGAGCCAUCAUCUUACUUCCCAUCAAAGGAUCCACACAGGGGAGAAGGCAUUCAAAUGCAUGGACUGUGGAAAGUCUUUUGCUCAGAGCCACAGUCUUAUGGACCAUCAAAGGAUUCACACAGGGGAAAGGCCAUUUAAAUGCAUGGAGUGUGGAAAGGGCUUCCGUACAAGCAGUGCCCUUACCGUCCAUAAGAGGAUCCACACAGGGGAAAGGCCAUUUAAAUGCCUGGAGUGUGGAGAGUCUUUUUGUCAGAGUCAUCAUCUUACUUCCCAUCAAAGGAUCCACACAGAGGAGAAGGCAUUCAAAUGCACGGAGUGUGGAAAGUCUUUUAGUCAUAGCCACAGUCUUACUUCCCAUCAAAGGAUCCACACAGGGGAGAAUCUAUUCAAAUGCAUGGAGUGUGGAAAGGUCUUCAGUACAAGCAGUGCCCUUACUGUCCAUAAGAGGAUCCACACAGGGGAAAGGCCAUUUAAAUGCCUGGUGUGCGGAAAGGGCUUCAGUACAAGCAGUGCCUUUAACGUUCAUAAAAUGAUCCACAAAGGGGAAAAGCCAUUUAAAUGCAUGGAGUGUGGAAAGAGCUUCAGAAGAAGCAAUUUGCUUAAAUGCCAUCAAAGGAUCCACACAGGAGAGAAGCCUUUCGCAUGCAUGGAGUGUGGAAAGAGCUUCAGGCUAAAGUAUUUUCUUAUAACCCAUCAAAAGAUCCACACAGGGGAGAAACCAUACAAAUGCAUGGAGUGUGGAAAGAGCUUCAGCUACUCCAGUGGCCUCAUUCUCCAUAAACGGAACCACACAGGGGAGAAACCAUAUAAAUGCAUGGAGUGUGGAAAGAGCUUCAGACAAAGCAAUGCCCUUACCGUCCAUAAGAGGAUCCACACAGGGGAAAGGCCAUUUAAAUGCCUGGAGUGUGGAAAGAGCUUCAUCCAAUAUAAUGGCCUCAUUAAUCAUAAAAGGAUCCACACACGGGAUAAGCCAUUUAAAUGCAUGGAGUGUGGAAAGUCUUUUUGUCAGAGCCAUCAUCUUACUUCCCAUCAAAGGAUCCACACAGGGGAGAAUCCAUUCAAAAGCAUGGAGUGUAGAAAGGGCUUCAGUACAAGUAGUGCCCUUACUGUCCAUGAGAGGAUCCACACUGGGGGAAAGGCCAUUUAAAUGCCUGGCGUGUAGAAAGGGUUUCAGAACAAGCAAUUUGCUUAAAUGCCAUCAAAGGAUCCGCACAGGGGAGAAACCAUACAAAUGC